GGUCCAAGCCCUUGAACGGUGGGUGCCAUCUUCUUUCCAGGAUCCACAGGCCAGUCCUUGAGGACACCUGUUCAGGAUCAGAUUUGGAAGAGAAGCAGCUCAACAUCUGGAACGCUGGGUGUCAGCAAGGAGUCAACGGAAACAAAUUCGUUAGGACAGUAGUUUCCAAAGGGUGGCGCUGGGACCAUCAUCACUGGUCUUCAUCCCAGAGCUACAUCAUCUGAAAUUGAGAUCGGAACGCGGUCACUGAGGGAUUCUGCUGACCGCUCGCUCAAAAUACAGAAGUACCGGAAAUAACCCUCCCCCCGCCUCCCGCGCCCCAAGUUCAAGAUCUCUCAGGGGAUGUGAACUGUCUUCCUUCCCUGCCUGUAUGUAGGGACGCCCACAGCAGCAUUCCCACUACAAAGGCCUCCCCUAGGGCAUCUGUGCCCCACAGGAAAGAGCAAUAGCACCUUAGCUCAAUCUCUGGAUUUCUCUGGCCUGCCAGGGUGCCUGAGGUGGACCACGGCAGCGUACCCCUGGCUUGGUCACCUCGGGCUGGGGAAGGAGAUGGUGUGGGCCGGCUCUUCUGGUGUACCCGGCUAGCUUCCCGCCCCACGUUCCUGCGUAAACAGGCGGUUCCCUCGGCAACGCCUGGAACCCACGUCAAGGUUCCACCAGUCCCGGGUGGUGACCGCCCCGUUUCGGGCGAGCCCCACCCACUCCCCACGGCGGCCGCUCCGGAUCCGCACAUCCUUUCACCCUGCUGCGGGAUGAGCAAGAGCGGUGGCCAGCGCGGGACCCCAUGGAGGAGCAGGCGCGGCCCCCGGGCCGCCCGCCCGCGAGCGCAGCCCUGCCGAGCAGCGCGCAUCCCGGCGGGGACGCUUCCACAGCCACCGCGGCCGCGCUGUCCUUCAGCGCCGUAGCCACCGUCACGCUGGGAAACCAGAGCGACCCGGGCCGGCCGGAGGCGGCGGGGCCCCGGGGACGGGCGCCCGUGCUGUGGCAAGGGGCGGCGGUGGCCGCCCAGGCGCUGGUGCUCCUGCUCAUCUUCCUGCUGUCUAGCCUGGGCAACUGCGCCGUGAUGGGGGUGAUCGUCAAGCACCGGCAGCUGCGCACGGUCACCAACGCCUUCAUCCUGUCCCUGUCCCUGUCGGACUUGCUCACCGCGCUGCUCUGCCUACCCGCCGCCUUCCUCGACCUGUUCGCCCCACCCGGCGACUCGGGGCCCUGGCGCAGCUUCUGCGCCGCCAGCCGCUUCUUCAGUUCGUGCUUCGGCAUCGUGUCCACCUUCAGCGUGGCGCUCAUCUCGCUGGACCGCUACUGCGCCAUCGUGCGGCCGCCGAGGGACAAGCUGGACCGGCGGCGCGCGCUGCAGCUGCUGGCCGGCGCCUGGCUGGCGGCGCUAGGCUUCUCCCUGCCCUGGGAGCUGCUCCGGGCGCCCCGGGAGCCGCCGGCUCCACAGAGCUUCCAUCGCUGCCUCUACCGGACGUCCCCGGACCCUGCUCAGCUGGGCGCCGCCUACAGCGUGGGCUUGGUGGUGGCCUGCUACCUGCUGCCCUUCCUGCUGAUGUGUUUCUGCCGCUACCACAUCUGCAAGACCGCGCGCCUGUCGGACGUGCGCGUGCGGCCGGUGACCACGUACGCGCGCGUGCUGCUCUUCUUCAGCGAGGCGCGCACGGCCACCACCGUGCUCAUCAUGAUCGUUUUCGUCAUCGGCUGCUGGGGUCCUUACUGCUUCCUGGUGCUGCUGGCUGCCACACGGCAGGGUCAGGCCACGCAGGCCCCCUCGCUGCUCAACGUGGCGGCUGUUUGGCUGACCUGGGCCAACGGGGCCAUCAACCCCGUCAUCUAUGCCGUCCGCAACCCCAAUAUUUCCAUGCUCCUGGGGCGCAACCGCGAAGAGGGGUACAGGACGAGACGCAUGGAGGCUCUCUUGCCCAGCCGAGGCCUAGGUUUGCAGGCCAGAAGCCGCAAUCGCCUUCGAAACGGCUGCGCCAACAGGCUCGGGGCUUGCGGCGGGAUGCCUUCUCCCAACCCCGCUAGCGGGUCAGGAGGGGAAGUGGUCAUGUGGGCCCGCAAAAACCCGGUUGUGCUUUUCUUCCGAGAGGGACCACCAGACCCGGCUACGGCAGUUGGCAAACACCAUAAAUCUGAAACUGGGGACAGCAGCCUCUAACAAGCGUUGGGGUGGACAGUUUGUAAUCGCGAAUUCCCACCCCUCUCGUUUGGUGACGCGGGGAAUCCAGGGAGAGUCGUGGAUUUCAUCAAGCCAAACGUUUGAAACCAGAAAGACAGAAGUGGGAGGGCUACCGCUUCCUUCUCAAACAAUACAGGAUGUGAAAGAACGUCCCCAUUCCUUCAAAAGUGCCAAAGGGGACGUGAAAUGCAAAAAAACCAAAACGCUCUUAAACCACACAACAAGGCAUUAAGUGCAAAAAAAAGAAAAAAAAGCAACGAGAAUAAAAUUCACAGUCACCGAAGAGCUCAGAUUACAGGACCCGCACUGUGAAAUAAAAAUCAUUGAACCGAACUUAGCAGAUCUCUUCAAACACUGUUGUUUCGGAUGAACCAAGACCCUUGGAUCUGUUGAAGGUCCCUGCACUUCACCAGCACUCAGCAAAAAUGUCACCUUCUAGAGCAUGCACGUCUGACCUGCUUGCUUUGGGUGCUUAGAGCAGAAACAUUACACGGAUUGGUGCGCGCCCUCCACCACCGCCAUCCCCCACCCCGGAAUUUUUUUGUGGGAAAUUUUAAAUUCAGAGUCUAUUUUAAACCACUUCAGGGUUUUUGAAAAGAUCGUUUAUUAUUAGGUGUGAUUCAGCUCUCCAAAGAGCAAAUGACCAUAAUGUGGUUGUUUAAACACAGUAUUAUACGAAACAAACCCAAAACCCCACAAUAGUCCUUCUAAACUCAUUUCAUCCCACAGAUUAUCAGUCUUGGGAAAACCGGGCCCUGUCCUGGAACUGCUGUUCCUGUUUUGAUAGCUUGUAUGGAUGCCAAAUGUUUUCAGUACAAAUGAUAAUAAUAACUUUCAUACUAGAAAAA